UAAAAGUCUGUCUCAGCACCGGGUCCAGCCCUCUGCAGACAUUCAUUCACUCAGGGUCCCCGGGAAGGGCUUGUCAGUAUGGGAGGGUCCGAGGUAGAGCAGUCAAACCGUUCAGCACAGUAGGAAACGACUCCGUGCACGAGGGACCCCAAUAGUCAGCGCGUGUCGGGGGACAGGAAGGCAGCCGUGAAGCCUAGACAGGUGUGGGCAUGCACAUGUGUGUUCCUGGCCACGUGUGUGGGGACUUUGAGGCAAAAUUUUUGUUUUGGUUCCUGGGGUAAAGUUUCCGUUCAACAUUUUUCUCUACUGUUUAAUUUUUUUUUUUUUAAUUACAAAACUCUGAAUAGAAAAAAGUGCAACACCUUUGAACGGACUGGGGCAGGCAGUGGACAGCAGAUGGAUCCGGUGGCCAACAGCUGUGUGAGGAACCCCCAGCCUCCAGCCCCUGUCUGGGGCUGCCUUCGAAACCCCCACUCGGAAGGCAGCAGCACCUCAGGGCUGUCCCAUUAUCCCCCAACCCCGUUUUCCUUUCACCAAAAGUCAGACUUCCCAGCGACAGCAGCAUACCCGGACCUCUCUGCUUCCUGCCUGGCAGCCACUCCACACAGCUUGCCCCGGGCUGAGCGAAUCUUCAACGAGCAGCAUCCUGCCUUCCCACAGACCCCUGACUGGCUCUUCCCCAUCUCGGAAGCCGGGCAGAGGCUCAACCUGGGCCCAGCUGGGAGCACCAGAGAGAUGGGGGCAGGCAGCCCGGGCCUGGUGGAUGGCACAGGAGGAUUGGGGGAGGACUGCAUGGUACUCGGGACCAUCGCCAAUGAGACAGAGAAGAAAUCACCCAGAAGGAAAAAAGAGAGAUCAGACAACCAGGAGAACAGAGGAGGAAAGCCAGAAGGCAGCAGCAAGGCCCGGAAGGAGAGGACGGCCUUCACCAAGGAGCAGCUGCGGGAGCUAGAGGCUGAGUUCGCCCAUCAUAACUACCUGACCCGGCUCCGGCGAUACGAGAUUGCAGUCAACCUGGACCUUUCGGAGCGGCAGGUCAAAGUGUGGUUCCAGAACCGGAGAAUGAAGUGGAAACGAGUGAAGGGGGGUCAACCUGUGUCCCCACAGGAGCAGGACAGGGAGGAUGGGGACUCUGCAGCUUCUCCAAGUUCAGAGUGAGAUGCUUCAACGACCAAAACCAAGGAAGACUGAACGGACACCCUUUCCAGCUCCCACCACCCAGUCCCAUCCUCUCACAUCUUCUGGGCCCACUCCGGGCGGCCUGAGCACACUCUUAGAUGUGAAGUUGCCCUGUAUGUGGGAGCCUUGAACUUCCCAGAAGGUUUAGCCAGGCAUCAUCCCAUCUUAGCAGCCCCUACCCCAGGGCUUCAACAUCCCACUUUCUCUUGAACGCCACAGGACCCAGUGGACUGGGAAACUCUAGAAACAGAGCCUGGGACCCUCUUUUCUGGAUCUCUUGGCUGCUACACACACCUACUAUCCCCCACGUACAUCAAGGUCUCUUUUGGGUCUGGCCUGUGCAGAAUCCAUUCCUGGUGCCAGCUGGUGACUUGUGAAAGCAAAACCCUCUCCAGAUGUUCACACAGUUGAGUUGAAGGCUAGAAAGUGGAUCCUGUAUCUAAGGAUACAGAGGACAGCACAAGAGGGGAUGAAUGAGGACCUAGACAUGUGGGCCUUGGGAAUAGAAAGUUCUCGGACUGCAGUAUCCUGUGCUCUCCAAGGACUCUGACUGCAGAUGAGGACAGGAAAACAGUCCAUCUUCCUCCACGCGAUGCAUUUGGACCUAUCCUGUGUGAUCCUCAAAAGCUUUGUGGGAAGAACUCCCAGGUUCACACACAUGUGCAGCUCAGAUCUCAGACCCAACUUCUGAGGGUGCUAUACUGGUGGGCAAAUAGCCUUGGGCAACAGUAUCCUUGGAAGAGAGCCCUGUGUGCCUCAGUAUGAGAUGGUGGGUCUCCCAGGUCCUGCUGAUAUUGCAGAAGGAGAUCAGCAAGUAUUUGAAUUUCUUGCAUGGAGAGCUGAUUGUGUUUAAAAAUAACCCCCAGUUCCCCAUCCCACCCCAACCCAUCAGAACAGAAGCUGUGGAAAAUGAUUGUCAAACGAAAUGGCAAGUUAGAGCAUGUAUCAGUUUUCCCCUACAGCAUACUUCAUAUGUUUUCUUUCCUAAGAUUACAUCAAGCUAAUUGUGCAAGGUCAAUUCACUUUGUGAGAAAACUCUCAGAGAAAUAAAUCA